AUGCAGCUGAGAAGAAAAGCUUCUAGAGCUCUUCACAAUGCGUUCACUCACUACGACGAACAAACCGAGCUGGCCGAGAGGAUCAAAGAGUGCUCGAGCUCCAGGAACUUGGGACAGGGAAAGCUCCUCCACAACGAGAUCCAAAACAGCCGCCACUUCGAGAAUAGAUUCCUUGGCAACCUCCUCAUCGACAUGUAUGGGAAAUGCGGCAGCCCCGGCGAGGCCAGGAAAGUGUUCGACGUUCUUCUCGAGCCCAACAAGUUCUCGUGGAACAUGAUGGUCAAGGCUUACACCCAGAAUGGCUCUCUUGACGAGGCAAGGAAACUCUUCGACGAGGCUCCAGAUCGCGAUGUGGUAACUUGGAACCACAUGAUCGCGGCAUACGCACAAGCUGGAAAUCUCCAGGAGUCCCGCAAGCUGCUCGAUCGAAUGCCGGAUCCGGACGUGGUUUCGUGGACUCUGCUACUUACGGCGUAUGCCCAAGCCGGGCAUGUCGAGGAAGCCAGAAAGAUCUUCGAUCGGAUGCACAGAAGAGACAUCCUGUCGUGGAACGCGUUGCUGCAAUCGUAUGCCGCUAACGGUUAUUGUAUCCAAGCCUCGCAGGCUUUCGAAAAGAUGGCGGCGGUGGACGUGGUUUCUUUCACGACGGUCAUGGCAGCGAAUGCCCAAGCCGGGCAUCUGUCCGAGGCCGAGGCUCUCUUCACCGUGAUGCCGGAGAAAGAUUUCAUCGCCUGGAACGCGAUGCUAUCGGCCUACGCGCAGAGUGGACAGAUGAGUCUGGCUCGGCAGAUCUUCGAGAGGAUGACCAACCGGAACGUCGUCUCCUGGAGUGUCAUGGUGUCCGGGCUCGCGCACAGAGGAUUCAUCAGGGAAGCUCGAGCCUACUUUGGAAGAAUGCCAUCGAGGAAUGUUGUGUCAUGGACGGCGCUAGUACAGGCGCUCGGCCAGGCCGGGAACGUGGUAGCAGCCGAGAGCCUGUUCUUCGUCAUGCCGACGAGGAACGUCCUCUCGUGGAACGGGCUGCUCGCUGGAUUCGCCCAGCACGGGAAGAUUGCCGCGGCGAUGGAGGUGUUUGAGAAGAUGCCGCAGAGGGACGAGGCUGCAUGUAGCAGCAUGGUUGCUGCUCACGGCGACUGUGGCAACUUAGCGGAGGCCAGGGAGAUCUUCUCGUCCAUGCCGGACUCUUGCCGGGGGACGAUCGUGACGACGUCGAUGCUCGUGAGUUACGCUGGCAGCGGCGACUUUUCAGCAGCGAGAGAGCUCUUCGAUCGGAUGGAAGUGAAGGACGCGGUGGCACUCACGACGAUGGUGUCGGUGUAUGGCCGAGAAGGAAAGCUUCGCGAGGCUCGAGCUCUUUUCGACGCCAUCGCCAGGCCCGACGUGGUGGCCUGGAACACGAUGAUCGAGGCCUACGCCAACGCUGGCCAGCUCGAUCAAGCGCGAGCUCUCUUCGACGCUAUGCCGGUGGACAAGAACGUUGUCUCGUGGACAGUGAUGCUCACCGGCUACUCCCAGCUCGGGCAGUACGAGAGAGCUCUCGGGAUCUUCCAGAGAAUGGAUCUCGAUGGGAUUCAACAGGACGACAUGACGCUCACGGCGAUUCUUAGUGCGUGCUCUCACGUCGGCCUCGUCGGUCCCAGCAAGCUCCACUUCUCGUCGAUGCUGGCCGACUAUGGAGUGACGCCGAGGAUCGAGCACUACCAGUGCAUGGUGGCGAUCUUGGGUCGAGCCGGAGAGCUCGGCAAGUGUGAAGAACUGGUUGGAAGGAUGCCUAUUGCUCCUGAUGUUGGUGCGUGGAAGAAUCUGCUGGGAGCUUGUAGCAUCCAUGGCGAUGUGGAUCGAGGCGACGUUGCUGCCAAUGCCGCCGCGGAGAUGGAUCCCAGCAACGAGGUUCCUUAUCUCCUCCUCUCUAAUAUCGUGAGAGGCUAG